UAUUUGGGGAAAUAUAAGUUUCUAGCAGUGAUCUCAUCAUUUUCUAAACAAGCAGCAGAGAAAAAGGAGACGGAGAAAAGGAGGAGCCUAAGGUGAAUUAUUUAAGAACAGAACCAUUGUCCACUGGGGAAUCCCUGGGUGUGUGUUGAGCUGGACUUACAAGAGAAAAACAGAGACUGUUAACAGCUGAAAAUUUCUUACAGGAUAUCUUCACCUACUCAGCCAUCAUGUCUCAACCUGGGCAGGAAGAAGAUGCACAAAUGCAGCGUCCUGAAGUGAAAGAAAAAGAUCUGACUGAAGCAAAGAAUAAGCUGGGUACUGACGGGCCACCAAAGAGCAAGACAUUUGAAGUAAUGGAGGAAUGCGAGAAAAUGGGCAAAGCUGCUCCAUCUGUCUUCAGUGGAGUGAAGUCAGGAGGAGAGACUGUCUUUAACACACGCUCAGCUCGACCAAUCAGAAAAUAGUAGGGGACUUCCUGACCAUGAUUGGACAACUCGUAUUCCAGGUUAGCGGUUUGGGAAUCGGUUGUUUUCCAGCCGGACACGAGUUCUGCUUAAAGCCCUUUUUAGUGACUUCAUGUUCUUUAUGAGUCACACCAUACUGUUUAGUCACUGCAUCUUCUUUGCACUUGUUAAAGCUAAAGAAUUCAAAUAAUUUCUAUUAAGUAGUAAAUUUAGGUAGUUUUUUUUUUUUUUUUUUACAACAGAGAAUAUUGUUCAUUUAGCUUAUUAUUACAGCUUGUCACAUCUGCAUGAACCUACAGUUUAAGAGUGAGUGUGUGAUGAUAAAAGAACACAAAAGUGGCAUGUCCAGUACUUGCCACUACAUCUGAACAUACAAAAGGUUAGAUUGCCAUCAUUUUAUUUACAUAAAAAAACAGCUUUCCUUCCAUUAAAGAGAUGUUCUGCAUGGUGUUGUCAGGAUUGUGAUUGUUUGUCAAAGGUCAAAAUUAUGGCAAGUAAUUAUUUUUUGAGAUCAAAAAAAAAAAAAAA